AUGGCCUACCUCGAAUCCCAGCGCUUGAUCCAUAGGGAUUUGGCGGCUAGGAAUGUGCUGGUUUUUGGGCCAAAGAAGAUCAAAAUCUCCGAUUUCGGCCUCUCCCGAUCCCUUGGAGUUGGCGAGGAUUACUACCGCAGUGAAUUUUCACCAACGCUGAAGCUGCCGAUUGCCUGGUGCGCCCCCGAAUGCAUCAACUUCCUCAAGUUCACCUCGGCAUCUGACGUCUGGUCAUAUGCUGUCACGCUGUGGGAAAUGUUUAGUUAUGGGCAGAUGCCAUGGCAAGAUUUUAAUGGGGCGCAGAUCCUGGAAGCCGUUGAUCGCCGCUGUGAGCACCUUGAUCGUCCUCAGUUUUGCCCUGACGAUAUGUGGGAUUUGUUGAAGGAUUGCUGGCAGCAUAACCCGGAUAAACGGCCGACUUUUAAGGAUAUAGUCGACAACUUCCACGACCGUAUCCCACAAACCGUUCGAACCGUCCAAGAAGCCGCCCGGAAGCCAGAGCCCUUUUUACAAUUCAAGCGCGACGAGCUGAUUACGGUACUUUGCAGGAGCCCGGAAGCCUACCCGGAUGGCUACUACUGGCUGGGAUCGACGAAGAACGGGAAAGUCGGGUAUUUCCGGCCGACAGAUACGGUGGCUCAUCUCGGUGCCGAAAUUCCAACAAUCGCCAAAAUCGAGCCAAAACUCACGAAUGGAAAAUCGAAGGAGGCAAAAGAGACGAAGGAUAAGGGCGAGCUGCGGCAUAUGUGUCAUGUUGGGCAGGAUGGGACGGCCAUUGGACUGCUUCAGAUCGACAAAAAAGACCUGGCCCGUGGGACCCCUGUGCAACCAAACUCCAUCUCCCCGGCCGCCACCUUGAGAUCGUCUACACCUUCUACCACAAAUCCAAGCAGUUCUGACCGAUCUGCGGAAGGCUCGAUUGGCAGCCCGGCGACGUUGUCGAAGAGUGGCGUCACUUUCAGGGAUCGUCACUCUGUCAUCUCUCCUCCCGGAUCUCGUGCCCCUUCUCAACAAGCAGCGGCGAUCACGAAUACUCGGCAAAGUGCCGAGCCAAGCGCCCCUCCGCUUUCGAACCCGAACUCGCUAACCCGAGACCAGGUGAACGCGUUGAACGUGAUGCUCGACGAGUCGUUGUACGUGCUGAAUGGGUCGAUUGACUCGCUCCAAAACACGAUGAACCGCAGCGCGAAUUCCUGGACAUUCGGCAACAGCGAGGAGUUUCUGCAGCCCAGAAGGUCACCAAAUAGGCAACCGCCCGUCUGUGCCCUUUAUGCGAGGACCCCGGAAAAUGCCGCCGUCUCGCAACCAUCCACCUCGGAACGAGAGCUGAUCGACGAGGUAGCGCAUUUGGAUCGAGAUUUGGCUGAUUAUUCGUUGUCUACAAUGGGAGGGGACUAUUAUUCGGAUACUCGACCGCUUAUUAAAGAAUCUUCCCACUCGAACCACAGUACACUCGAGACGAAGAGGAGUAGCGGAAGUGAGGUGGGAGGACAUAGCUGCUCCUCCUCCCCACCUACCGUAAGAUUGAUGAGUGAUGAGGAGGUGGCACGAUGGCAUGAGAAGGAGAAUCGACUGCAUAGUAAGGUUGAUAAGAAGCUCGACGCGGCGGCGAGACGGCCAAGCCCAACGCAGAACGAGCACGGAAAGAAUGGCGACGAGCCGAGGAAUUACCUGGAAUGGACUUCGCAAGCCCAGGAAGCCUACAAGUUUCUUGUCGAGUGUGGCGAUAAUUUGCAGAAGGACGUCGUAAAGGCAGCCAGUAUCUCGCCACGUAGCCCCUCCUCGGCCCCGACGAGUACGAGAUGCUCCUCUGACGAUAAACCCAUUGCGAAAAUUAAUGCCACCCGGAUAUCGGCUGAUGCGGCGUCAGCUCAUGUCAGGGCAACGAUACCGAGCAACAAGAUGGGCUCUGAUUUCGUGGCUCGGCCGGCGCUGCCACCAAAAUCGUAUGUCAACACGGAGAGCAUGAAGCCCCCAGAGCUUCCACCAAAAAAGACGAGCCGCGUCGCCCCGGACGCUGGUUACGAUAAUAUCAAUGGAAUUGCAAAUUCCAAGACCUGCUCAAACUCCAAACUACCUCCACCCGUUCCGCCAAAGCCCAAAACACGUAUCGUGGCCCGGUAUAUUACG